AUGGCGACCGACAGGAGGAUCCAGCCGGCCCGCAGCGGCGGGGGAGGCGGGUCGUCGCCCGGAGGGGGAGGCGUGGAGCCCGGGCUCGGGAGGCGCCUGCUCCACGUGCUGCGCGCCGUCUACCACAUGCUGCGCCGUGGCCUCUGCCGCAAGCGCCUCAUGAUGGACCUCCACCUGCUGCUCGGCCGCGGCAAGCUCGCCGGCAGGCAGUUCCGGGACCUCCUCGCGCACCAGCCGCUCGCCGGGGGCCACCGCUUCGGCGCCGCGGCCGCGGCCGGCGCCUCCCCGUCCGCGCUCUCGAUGUACCAGCACGACCCCAGGGACGUCGAGUUCAGCUGCGAGACCACGCCGGUGUACGAGCAGGCGGUCUUCCCCUUCAAGAUCGGCCGCGGCCGCGGCCGGGGCAGGAACUACGGCGGGCUGGACGCUGCCACAGUGGCGGCCGCCUUCGAGAUGAUGAACGCGCACGCUGCCGCCGGGAACUCGGGCGGGGACACGCCGGGGGUGUCCCGCGCCACGCCGUCGCCCAUGCUGGCGCUCAGCUUGGGGCGCUGCCCGGCCGGGGCGCGCCAGCUGCGCGUCACCGACUCGCCGUUCCCCGUCGAGCCGGAGGGCGUUGACGAGCGCGUGGACGCCGAGGCCGACAGCUUCAUCAAGAGGUUCUACGAGCAGCUCCGGAUGCAGCAGUCGACCACGCCGGACAACUGCACCCGCCGCCGUGGCUAG